AACAAUAACAGCAAAUAUUUACAUAUGUUUUUCAAAUUCGUACCUCAAAUCAACUGGAGUCAAUCGUAUUAGGUAAGAUAGGCAAAACAUGCCGUUUUCGGAAAUUGUGAGUGGAUUAUCAACAAAUCCAUAUUUCGGUGCAGGCUUCGGCCUAUUCGGAAUAGGUGCAGGUGCCGCUAUUUUGCGAAAGGGCCUGCAAGGUGCUAUAAUUCUAUUCCGUCGACAUAUGAUGAUUACAUUAGAAGUACCCUGCCGAGAUAAAUCUUAUCAGUGGUUACUACAAUGGAUUACUGUGAGAGGUGCCAGAGAGACGCAGCAUCUUAGCGUCGAGACAUCAUUUGUACAAAAAGAAACUGGUCAAAUACGUACAAAAUAUGACUUCAUACCCAGUAUUGGAAAGCAUUUAAUGCGUUAUCAAGGUAUUUGGAUACAGGUUGAACGUACACGAGAGCAGCAAACAUUGGACUUGCAUAUGGGUGUACCGUGGGAGAGUGUUACUUUAACAGCAUUUGGGCGCAAUAAACAAUUGUAUUUUGAUAUACUCGAAGAGGCACGUUUACUUGCUUUGGAGGCUACCGAAGGAAAAACACUCAUGUAUACAGCUAUGGGUUCCGAAUGGCGACAAUUUGGACAUCCGCGUCGCAGACGUCCGUUAUCGUCUGUCGUGCUCGAAAAGGGUGUUGCAGAGCGUAUUGUCACUGACUGUAAGGAGUUUAUAGGCAAUUCCCAAUGGUAUAUAGAUCGUGGUAUACCAUAUCGUCGCGGCUAUUUGCUGUACGGACCACCAGGUUGUGGAAAGUCUAGUUUUAUUACAGCUCUAGCUGGUGAACUAGAAUAUGGUAUCUGUUUGUUGAAUUUGUCAGAGCGUGGACUAACAGAUGAUCGUCUCAACCAUCUGUUGAAUGUCGCACCGGAGCAAUCAAUUAUAUUGUUGGAAGAUGUGGAUGCAGCUUUUGCAUCACGUGAAGAUGUCAAACAGCAAGCAGCUGCAUAUGAAGGGCUCAAUCGCAUUACAUUUAGUGGUUUACUCAAUUGUCUCGAUGGUGUAGCAUCGACAGAAGCGCGUAUUGUAUUUAUGACAACAAAUUAUUUAGAACGCUUAGACCCAGCACUUAUACGACCCGGUCGCGUUGAUGUAAAAGAAUAUGUCGGCCAUUGUGAUGCAUAUCAGCUGGAGGAAAUGUUCUUACGUUUCUAUGGCAAACAAGAAAAACUACCACGUCAACUCGCUAAGGAUUUCGCCAAAUGUGUAUUAGCUGAUGGACGAAAAGCCAGUCCGGCACAAGUACAAGGCUAUUUUAUGCGUCAUAAAACUGCCACAUCAAGUGAAGUACUUGCACACACCGCCGAAAUAUGGGAAGGAAGUUUGUCUACGGCACUACAAAAGGAACCAAUCAUAUUACAAGCCACCGCGGCGUAGUUAAAUAUUAGAAAUUAAAAACAAUACUUAGUUGUAAUGAAAUAACGAAAAACGUAUAUAAGUGUAUACUAUGAAAGACUAUGCUGCGUAAAUCUAAUGAGUAAAAUGUGAUUUUUCAUUUUGCAAAUAAACACAAUGAAUAUUAGUGUUUACGCUUUAAACGUAA